AUGAUUAAGCAAGGUGUUGAUCUUAUACAUGGACAUUUGAGUCACCAUGUACAAGAUGUUGAAAUUGUCGAACGUAGAGAUCGAACUUGUGGUUCAAUAUUAUAUGGUUGUGAUGAUUUUUUUGAUGAUUAUGCAAUCGAUCAACAGUACCGAAAUGAUCUUGGUGUGCUCUUUCAACUACAUAUUUCAGUAUCAUUUUUACCUUCAAAAGGCAACACAUCAAAAUUAAUUCAUCUUCAUUCACUUUCUACUUAUCCUACGAGAUGUUCUAAUUUUCAAGUUAAUCGAUUAACUUCGGAAGAUGUCGAUUGGACAUGGACUAUUGGUCAAAACAGCGAAAUAAUACUUGAUAUUUAUAAAUAA